UUAAGAUUGCAUUUCUUAAACCUCUAAAGGUUUUUUUACGAUAAUCGAGACGCUAUAAUAUAUGGUAACGCAACGUGAAAUUUGAAUUGUAUGACAAUAUCUAACGUAUAUAGAUACGACUUACUUAUGCACUUGCGUUAAUUUAGAAAAUAUUAGAAUUUUAUUUUUUUACCUCUCCGAACGAGAGAUAUUAUCAGAUGUUGUAUGUAUACUUUAUAUAAUUACACCCUAUUUUCUGUCGCGCCUGAAUAUCUGAGAGAUAAUAGCUAAUCGAUCGCGAGACUUUCUUCGUCUUCUAUAUACACACGCAGGUAAUUUUGUAAUUAUUAUUCACGCUAGAACAAUAUUCAGCACCUCGGAGAAGGGAGACAGAGGUUUUCAUUGUCACUGAGAACGCAUAUGUAGUUCGGAAUUCACGGAGAGAUGAUCGAGGUUGAGAAUCAGUACUAUAAUAUUAACCGUAUUCUUUUACUAAUAUGCGGUUUAUGGCCCUAUGAAAAUACGAAAUUCCGGUAUGUACGAGUAGUGUUCUUAUGCGGAAUAUUAAUUUCCUUCAUGAUUUAUCAGAUGAUAAUACUGUUUAUCUACAAGUAUAAUUUUAAAUUAGUCUUGAAGAUUAGUGCAGACAUGCUUCCUUUUGCUGUUUGCAUGGUGAAAUUCAUCACCUUUCUAUUUAAUUCAAAAAAAGUGAAGCAACUAUUAGAUCAGAUUUACGAAGAUUGGAACGCAUUGAAAAAUUCUGAAGAACUUGAAAUAGCACAAAAAUAUGGAAAGUUUACGAAGCGACUUACGAAAAUUUUAUUUUUGUGCACACUCUUCGGCUUGUUAAUUGUGAUGCUGGUGCGAUAUAUUCCAAUCUUCAUUAAUAGUUCUACUACAGUCGAUAAAUUUUUUUUAAAACAAGAUGACAUUUCUGAUGUAUAUCUUGAUAAAAAAAAAUAUAUUUACUUUUUCAUAACCAGUUUCGUGGGUGUUUUCGUCAUAACAUCUACUAUAACAAUGAUUAUAGCUUACAUGCGACACAUUUGUAUGAUGUUCAAGAUCACUUGUUAUCGUAUCGAAAAUUCAUUGAAUGAGAAUAUUUUACAUAUGUCGAUUUCUCAAAAAGAGAAAAUGAUGUAUCAGAGGUUAAUUAGCGCCAUCAAUAUUCAUCGAAGAGCCCUGCAGUUCGCUGAAUUUACUUUAUAUACCUUUAAAAGAUGCUAUUUAAUGAUGAUUGGACUAGGCGUGCUUUCGUUGGCAGUUAAUUUAUUAAAUAUGCUACAAGCCAUUUUAAUUCUGGAUAAUAUAAAUGACCUUAUACUAACUUCUUUCUUUAUUAUUCUACAUUUUAUAUUUUUUUUCGUGGGGAAUUAUGGCGGACAGAUAAUUACGGAUCAUAGCGUGGAUAUUCUAACAACAUUAUAUAAUAUACAAUGGUAUAUGGCACCUUUACGAAUACAAAAAUUGAUUCUUUUUUUAAUAUUAAAAAAUACAAAAAGUUAUAGUUUUCUCAUUGGAGGGAUCUACGUCGCUUCAUUAGAAGCUUACAAGUAUGUCACUAUCUUACUUCAUGGUAAUCUACUCUACGCAACAAUAAAAAUGCAAUACAACAGAAAUGAUUAUGGAAAAUUGUAUGAGAAAAUAUUACAAAAUACAAAAUUGAUAUUUCGAUCUGCAACAAUUGUGAAUUGA